AUGGAAACUGGUUUCAUUGUGAGGUCUAAAGGAGUCCAUGUUGAUGAGGAAAAGGUGAAAGUCAUUUUAGAGUGGACUCCUCCCAAAAAUGUAAGUGAGGAAGGUCAUCCAAUUACUUAUUUUAGUGAAAAGCUAAAAGGGACUGCCCUUAAUUAUUGUACAUAUGAUAAGGAAUUGUAUUCCUUGGGACAAUGUAAGUUGAAUAAGAGACAUGCCAAGUGGGUUGAGUUUCUUGAACAAUUUCCCUAUGUCAUCAAGCACAAGAAAGGUAAAUCAAAUCUUGUGGAAAAUGCACUCUCAAGAAGGCAUGUCUUGAUUUCUAAUCUUAAAACUAAAGUGCUUGGUCUUGAGCAUAUCAAGGAUUUGUAUGCAAGUGAUUCUGAAUUUUCUUCUAAAAUUUUCUCUUGUGAGAAUGCUGCCUAA